AUGACUUGGGGAAAGUUAUUUGAACAACUCGAGCCAGGUGCAAGUCUGCGGGGAAAGGACAAACCCAUCGGGCGCUGGGUGCAGCGUGGGCACCCAGUCAGCUCACGCGAUGUGGCAGCCGCCACCACACCCUUUCCUGUUCGCCCUGUGGCCACGGGCAGCCCUGCCAGCUACCGCUGCCCUGAGCAAGGAGGAAGUCAUUCUUUACCUCAUUUAGACACUGAGGAUGCCAGUGAAACUGACCUGGCAAAACACGAGGAAGAGGACUUUGUAGAAAUGAAAGAACAUUACUUUCUCUGUUCUAUAUGUAUUCAAGAAAGUAAGUGCUGCUACUGUUUUGAACAAAGAAAUAGGAUGUAUCAGGACAAACUGGCAUCUCUGAAGAGGCAGUUACAACAAUUGCAGGAAGGUACUCUUCAGGAAUAUCAGAAAAGAAUGAAAAAGUUGGACCAGCAGUACAAAGAAAGGAUACGAAACGCAGAACUGUUCCUCCAGCUGGAAACGGAUCAGGUGGAAAAAAAUUAUGUCAAGGAAAAGAAGGCAGCAGCCAAGGAGUUUGAAGAUAAGAAAAUUGAGCUUAAGGAAAAUUUGAUUGCAGAGUUGGAAGAGAAAAAGAAGAUGAUUGAGAAUGAGAAGCUAACCAUGGAAUUAACAGGAGAUUCAAUGGAAGUGAAGCCUAUUAUGACAAGGAAACUGAGGCGACGACCAAAUGAUCCAGUUCCUAUCCCAGACAAGAGGAGGAAACCUGCCCCUGCUCAGCUAAAUUAUUUGUUGACUGAUGAGCAAAUAAUGGAGGACCUGAGAACACUGAAUAAGCUUAAAUCACCCAAGAGACCAGCCUCUCCCUCCUCUCCCGAGCACCUCCCAGCUACACCAGCAGAGUCUCCAGCACAGCGGUUUGAAGCCCGGAUAGAAGAUGGAAAACUCUACUAUGAUAAGAGAUGGUACCACAAGAGCCAGGCUAUUUACCUGGAGUCUAAAGAGAACACUAAGAUCAGCUGUGUGAUCAGUUCUGUGGGCGCCAACGAGAUCUGGGUGAGGAAAACCAGUGACAGCACAAAGAUGAGAAUCUAUCUGGGACAGCUGCAGCGAGGUGUUUUUGUGAUUCGUCGACGAUCAGCUGCGUGACUGUAUGCUCUUCCUUGGUCUUUGUUCUUUUUUUUUUUUUUUUAAACUGAUAGACAAACCUCUAAUGGGAAAUGGCAGUCUGUUAAUUCAUCUUAGCAGCAGAGAACACUGUCAUGACCUCUUACGAGACAGUUUGUGGCUGGCCACAUAAUCCCCAGUAGUCCUUAAAUCUUUAGUGAUACCCAAGCACUGCCCCGGACUAUUUCUGGAUUUUGCAUCAAGCUUCUGUAUGCUUUCUUUACGUUUUGGGUGACUAUUUAAGAAGACUUCGCAUCAUACUUUUUUCAUCGUUGUUUCCUGGUGCAUAGAUGGGACUCGUAUGUUGAAAACAACGUAACAUUUAUGUUUUGAAUCAGACCAAUGGAAGAAGCUUUGCUUGUCAAGACCUGAGGUUAUUCGUUCUUUUUGGUUUUGUUUUCCUGCAAGGCUCAGGAUGUUGGGCAAAAGGAGAUUAAUCUUGCCAGCUUUCAGCUGCAGCCGAGAGAUGCAUCUGUAAUACCUGAUGUAUGACAUCAGCUUUAUUGGAUGAACUGUUUAAAGACUUGAGCACUGAGGCUUUUUUUAGGAAAGCGUGAACAGCUUAGAAACUGCUGAAAAUCCAGUUGAUUUUAAUGUAGUUAAGCAGUCACAUGUGGUUAAUCAGAAGCUUCCGUUUCUCUUCACAUUAAAAAACCCUUCAAUGAAC